ACAAUCAUAUAAUGCUAGUUUGUAACUAGAGGUGCAUUAGUUGGUUGCACUUGACGGCGCCGCUCCGUGUCAGCUUCUUGCAAUGACGCUCCCGUUGUGUCAGGGGACGAUCCCUGUCAUCGACUUGGGACACUCGACUCUCACGAUUGAUCAGGAAGAUCUCACCCCCGAGUUGAGGGAAGUGGCUAGAACGGAACUUAGGGAGAACCCUGAUGUUGUUGAUAAGGCUGUCGAAGAAUUGAGAAGUUUGUUGAGAGAUGACAAAGAACUGUACGUGCCACUAGACAAUGAUGCCUACUUGAUCCGAUUCCUCCGUCCCUGUAAAUUCUACCCUGAGAGCGCCUACCAACUGAUAAAGCGGUACUAUCAGUUCAAAAUAAAGCACAGCAAAGUCUACAAUGGUCUGGUGCCUUCGAAGGAGCAAAACAUUUUUGCUCAGGACAUUUUAACCGUCUUGCCGAGCAGGGACAACAAAGGACGCCGCAUUUUGGUCAUGGAACUUGGCAAGAAAUGGAAACACAACGAAUGCAAUUUGGACGAUGUUUUCAAGGGCUGCGUCCUUUUCGUCGAGGCUGCUCUACUGGAACCGAAAACUCAAGUGGCAGGAUCUUUAGUGAUAUUUGACAUGGAUGGCCUGUCGCUGCAACAAGUGUGCCAAUUCACGCCUCCUUUUGCCAAACGAAUUGUUGAUUGGCUUCAGGACAGUAUACCAUCCAGGGUCAAGGGCAUUCACAUUGUGAACCAGCCGUACAUUUUCAACAUGGUGUUUGCCCUAUUUAAACCAUUCUUGCGAGAGAAGCUGAAAAAUAGGAUUUUCUUUCAUGGCAAAGAUCGCGCAUCUCUUCACAAGCACAUUAACAAGGAGGCCCUUCCCCCUUGCUACAAAGGAGAGCUGACUGCGCCUCGACUCUCGGGAAUGGACUGGUUCAAGCUUUUGUCGCAGCUUGACAAAGAAUAUGAAACAAUCAACAAGUACGGGUUUAAAAACAACCCUGAGAUUGACGAAUAAUGACAAGCAAAUUGUGAUAAAUAAAACCCUGGUGAAUGGGGGGCAUCGUUUUAAUUAUUUCCAAUAAUUGUCAUUUUUUACUAAUUUUACAUAAAAUAAAAAAUCUUACACCAAAUUUAAUAUUGUAUAAU